CACACAGGGGAGAAGCCUUACCACUGCUCCCAGUGUGGAAAGGGUUUUAACCAGAAAAGCUACCUGAAAAAACACGAGAGAAUACACAUAGAGGAGAAGCCUUACCACUGCUCCCAGUGUGGAAAGAGUUUUACCCACUUGUGUAAUCUGAAAACACAUGAGAGAAUACACACAGGAGAAAAGCUGUACCGCUGCUCCCAGUGUGGAAGGAGUUUUACCCACUUACGUAACCUGAAAACACAUGAGAGAAUACACACAGGGCAGAAGCCUUACCAUUGCUCCCAGUGUGGAAAGAAUUUUACUCACUUAAAUAACCUGAAAACACACGAGCAAUUACACACGGGGGAGAAGCCUUACUGCUGCUCCCAGUGUGGAAAGUGUUUUAACCAGAAAAGCUACCUGAAAAAACACGAGAGAAUGCACACAGGAGAAAAGCCUUACCACUGCUCCCAGUGUGGGAAGGGUUGUAACCAGUUAGGUGACCUGAAACGACAUGAGAGAAUACACACAGGAGAAAAUCUGUACUAUUGCUCCCAGUGUGGAAAGGGUUGUAACCACUUAGGUGACCUGAAACGACAUGAGAGAAUACACACAGGAGAAAAGCUGUACCACUGCUCCCAGUGUGGAAAGAGUUUUACCCACUUACGUAACCUGAAAACACAUGAGAUAAUACAUACAGGGGAGAAGCCUUACCACUGCUCCCAGUGUGGAAAGAGUUUUAUCCACUUAUGUAACCUGAAAACACACAAGCAAUUACACACAGGGGAGAAGCCUUACCACUGCUCCCAGUGUGGAAAGAGUUUUAAUCAGAAAAGCUACCUUAAAAAACAUGAGAGAUCACACACAGGAGACAAGCCUUACCACUGCUCCCAGUGUGGUAAGGGUUGUAACCAGUUAGGGGACCUGAAACAACAUGAGAGAGUACACACAGGAGAAAAGCUGUACCACUGCUCCCAGUGUGGAAAGGAUUUUACCCAGUUAGGGGUCCUGAAACGGCAUGAGAGAAUACACACAGGAGAGAAGCCUUACCACUGCUCCCAGUGUGGAAAGGAU